CGUCGUCUCCUCGGAGCCCAAGCACUAAAGGAACUUUGACCUUCCACUCCAGACGCAACAACGACCAACAGCGGGGUGAGGGUCAGGGCGUCACGACUGUGGAGGCCUCCGGUACCCCUCACCGUCAAGCUGGGUAAAGGUCGCAAUCGCACUUCCUCUGAGACCGAGCAGAGGGGCAAGGGCAGCAGGGGUCCGAACCCGAGGAAAAGGGGCAUCUCCGAGACCGAAGGCAGGCCACGAUGGGACAAUACCAACAUGAGUGGACUGCAGUGCCUGGCCGCAGAGAACAUCUGGUUCGACAAACACCGCUACGAUGAAGCGGAGAAGCGCUUCUAUGAGGGAGCAAACGGCCCCACUACCCAGCAGCAGCAACAGGGGGUGGAUGGGCAGGGAAAAACGGCGCAGCAUGCCAAAGGUCGCCAGCAGAAACCGAGGCACAGAAAUUCUUCCUCUCAUGGAGCAGGAGACCAGGAGCUGGUUACACGCAUGAAGAGCCUGGAGCUGGAGAACCAGACUCUGCACAAAGUGAUCGAGGACAUGAGGGCAGCUCUGCAGAAGCUGGAGUCCAGGGUGGUUGUCCUGGAGAAGUCUCCUGUGACAACAGCUGGCCCCUGUGCUAAGGCUGCUCCAGUACAAGCAGCUCCAGUCAAACAGGUAAAAGUGACGAAUGGCGGCGAUGAUGAUGACGAUGACAUAGACUUGUUUGGCAGCGAUGAGGAAGACGAGGAGGCAGAACGCCUCAAGCAGGAGAGACUGGAAGCCUACGCCGCCAAGAAAGCAAAGAAACCCACCGUCAUCGCCAAGUCCUCCAUCCUGCUGGACGUCAAGCCUUGGGACGAUGAGACCGACAUGGGAAAGCUGGAGGAGUGUGUGCGCUCCGUGCAGAUGGACGGGCUCCUGUGGGGAGCUUCGAAGCUGGUCCCAGUCGGCUAUGGCAUCAAGAAACUGCAGAUCAACUGUGUGGUCGAGGAUGACAAGGUCGGCACAGACAUCCUGGAGGAGGAGAUCACCAACUUUGAGGAUUAUGUCCAGAGUGUAGAUGUCGCUGCCUUCAACAAGAUCUAACCUUCAAUACCAAAGUGUUGAUGCUGCUUACAGCUUGUGGGGUUAAUAAAGCUGAACCUAGAGCAUAAA